GACGGAUGCAGGGACGUAGUCGGUCGAGUGGCAUCAGGUUUGGCGCGGCGGCUAAAAACAACGUCAAGACUCAUCGGGACAUGCACAUGCACAUGCAGGACAGGACAGGAUCUGGAAGCUGGGGGAACUCGUGUUGCAGGCCGGCAUAUUGACUGCGUAAUGAGCUAG